CAGAGAGAAGAAGAAAUCUUUCAGAGAGAGAGAGAGAGAGAGAACAGGGGAGAGAGAGAGAGAAUAUAGAUUAUUAAAGAAAGAGGAGAGAGAGAGAGAGAGUCAUGUGGUUUGAGGACUCUUCGAUCUGAUUUUGAUUUCUUGAGUUUGUAUAGCAAUAUUGUUUUAGUUUGAUUUCGGAUUUUGGGCUUGAUCUACUCGAAUCGAAUCGGUGCCUCUCCGGAUUCGUUGUGAUCUCGCCGGAAAAGUGCACCGUUGAUCAGAUUCUCAGAUUCCGAUCGUCUCCGGCAUUCGCGGGGUUUGAAAAUUCGAAGCAAAGAUGGUGAAUUCUAUGGUCGAACGAGCCACCAGCGAUAUGCUCAUCGGUCCAGAUUGGGCCAUGAACAUCGAGAUCUGCGACAUGUUGAAUCGCGAUCCUUCGCAAUCAAAGGAUGUUGUAAAAGGCAUAAAAAAGCGCAUUGGAAGCAAGAAUCCAAAAGUUCAACUUCUUGCCCUGACACUAUUGGAGACGAUUGUAAAGAAUUGUGGGGACCUUAUCCAUAUGCAUGUUGCAGAGAAAGAUGUGCUUCAUGAUAUGGUGAAAAUAGUGAAGAAGAAGCCUGACAUUCAUGUCAAAGAGAAGAUAUUGAUUCUACUUGACACUUGGCAAGAAGCUUUUGGGGGACCAAGGGCAAGAUAUCCGCAAUUCUUUGCCGCAUACCAGGAGUUAUUGCGUAUUGGGGCAGUAUUCCCCCAGAGAACUGAAAGGUCUGCCCCUGUAUUUACACCCCCGCAAACACAGCCUCUAACAUCAUAUCCACAAAAUAUUCGGGCACCAGAAUUUGGGCAAGAAGCAGCUGAGUCUUCUGCAGACACUGAGUUUCCAACAUUGAGCUUGACAGAAAUUCAGAAUGCACGAGGUAUUAUGGACGUCCUUGCAGAAAUGUUGAAUGCAUUAGAUCCAGGGAACAAAGAGGGGCUUAGGGAGGAGGUUAUUGUUGACUUGGUUGAACAGUGCCGCGCAUACAAGCAAAGAGUGGUACACCUUGUUAACUCGACUUCAGAUGAAUCACUGCUAUGUCAAGGGCUUGCAUUGAAUGAUGACUUGCAACGUCUCCUAGCCAAGCAUGAAGCUAUUUCUUCAGGAACAACUGUUCAAACAGAGAAACAGAAUCCUGAAACUGUUCGAGCACUGGUUGUUGUGGAUGCUCCUCUAAUCGAUACAGGAGACAGAAAACAGUCUGAUGGGGGAUCCACCUCCAGCGCUGGUGCAGGUAUACAGCUGUUAGUUCCUGCUGCUCCUGCUGCUAAUGGUCCUACAACAACUCCAAUAAAGGUUAAUCCUAAAAUGGACCUCUUGAGUGGAGAUGACUUCAACUCACCUUCAUCAGUGAAUACGCUCCUCAUUACAUCUCCGUGCAUUGCUGUAAUUCCUUCUCAAAAUAACAAUAAUCAACCUGUUUAUCCAGUUGGACAAGCAUAUCCACCUUCAACGCCACAAUUUCAGCAGCAGCAGAAUUUUCAACCUCCACAGACCUCAGUUUACUCAAAUGGAAUUGGCCCAAACAUGAUGGUACCUCAAUAUGAGCAGCCAAUAUACACACAAGGUGCCAAUCCUGCCUGGAAUGGACAGAUAGCCCCCCAGCAGCAGCCACCUUCUCCUGUCUAUGGUGCUCAGAGCAACAGUUCGCUGCCACCACCACCCUGGGAAGCUCAGUCAGCAGACAAUAGCCAACUAGAAGUCAGUCAAUAUCCUCAGCCAAUGCAGCAGGUUACUCAGGUGGCUGUCACACAUGCCCAGCCAAUGCCAAGUGGCAUGCAUCAAGGAUCUCAACCAGGUGGUAUGUAUAUUCAGCCAAUGACAGCUGGUCAUCUCUCAUCAUUCAAUAAUCAAGGUAUUCAGAGCAAUCAGAUGGCAGGGAUUCAUCCUCAGCAAAUCCCGGGAGGGCAAAUGGGUAUGUAUCCCCAGCAAAUGCAGUCUGGGCAGAUGGCUUAUAUGAAUCCUCAACAGAUGUAUAGCAACCAAAUGGCCGGAUAUGGAUAUGGUUACGGUCAGCAACAAAAUGCGCAGUUUCUCGACCAGAGAAUGUAUGGGCUCUCGGUUAGGGAUGAUGGUGCAUUGAGGAAUCCUUACCAGCAGCAGUCUACUCCAUCCUAUGUGCCGCCUGGAAAGCCCUCAAAGCCAGAGGAUAAGCUGUUUGGAGACCUUGUUGACAUUGCAAAAUUUAAGCCGACAAAAACUACUCCUGGCAGAGCUGGGAGCAUGUGAAAUAAUAUUAAUGGAUUUGCAUAUUUCCCCUUUUUUUGGUUUGCUAACUGGUUUUGUUACUUUUACAUUUUUUUGUUUUUUGAGGUUUUCAUUAUACAUAUUCUUCACCUCUGCCCCAUAAUUGUGUUGCUUGUUUUCAUUGUACUUGUGUACAUUACUUGUAGAAUUCUAGAAUCUAUAGAAUUUGGAUUCCUUCCUUCCA